GCGAACAUUAGUUAUUUUAUGCUGAAUGGGUAUGGACUAGGAUCACAUCGCAUAUAAAAUAAAUCGAGAUAUAUCGUUUUAUAUCAUUCAUUCUUCAACGUUCUCAUUAUUUUUAUUAUUUUCUUAUAUUAAAUCAAAAUGAUUUUUUAUAAGUGUAGCUUAAUAACAUUUACAAUUUUAACUGUUUCAAUUUGGGUCAUAACAGUUAAUUCAGUUCUAGAUCCUAAAGAUGAAAAAUCUGAUGAAAAAUCUGAUGAAAAAUCUGAUGACAUAGAUCCUGAACAUAAAACAACUGCUGAUACAGAUCCUAAUAUAGUAUUGUUGCGAACUGUAUGUAAAGAUCUUCUAAUCAAUUUUACUGAUUUUCGGGGCGACAGAGAAGAUAUCAAAAAAAAAGGAAACAGUAUGUAUUUUAAACUCAAUAAUUUAAUUCAAUUUUAAGUAUCAUAUAUCAUGCCCAUAUAUACAUUU